CUCACAGAUGGAACGUAUCAUCGGGUUGUGAAAGUGAAUGACCCGGAAUAUGUUGGUGCCUGAACUUUUGAUAUUCACCUGAAAUGGCUCAAUACACGUUGAUUUUCCACCUGAUUAGCCUGGUGAUGCUGUGUGAAUAUGGCACGACGGUGAGAGACGGCGGGCGUGGCAAUUUCAGAAGGGGGUUCGAGAGUGGAGUCAGGAGCAGGGAUGCGGCACAGGGGAUGGACGGGGGCCACCUGAUCACCAUGGAUCUCGAGCUUGUCUCCAGGGUCAUUGCGGCUCUCGACAGCAGCAUCAGUUACUACGAGAAUAACUUCAAGCAGAUGAACUUUGAUGGGAUCUUUGGGGCGAAGGUGGUUGAAGGGCAGUUGAACCUGAUUGUUGCAGAAUAUAAUAAGGGAUUUCUAUCAGCUACAAUGGACAGCUUUAUGAGGAAUAAGGUGGCAAGCAUUGCUACAAGAGCAGGACGUGUAGUAAAGCUUGCAAUCCCCUACCUGUAUAAAAAAAAUCGAAAAUACAUGGGGAAAAUGGAGCGCUUGUUCCAGCUUUCUUGGGAUGUUGGACAUUCCCACCGCAAUGUGGACAUGUCCCUCAAGUGGAGUGAUCGCACGUUCACUCUUGCCCUUGAGGAAGAGCUUACUGAGGUGCAGAGUGACCACUGCAUAGCUGAGUUGCUGGAGCCUAUUGAGGGUGUGAUGUGCCGUAUGACAGACGUUUGCCAGCAGAUGAUGACCAAGGCAGGCAGGGAGAGAUAUGCCUUGGUGCACCAGAUCCUCUACACUGUGGUGGCCGAGAUGAGUGGUUGUGGCAGCCGUCUGGAAAGAUGGUUGGUGAGGCAUGAUCGCAGUGGGAGCAUUGAGCAGCUACAGGGAGAGAUGUGCUCUAACUUGUACUCUGAGGCUCUCACAUUGACAUCUGUGGCUUUCAGUGAUAAUGUUCUAAAUAACCGAGAUUUGUUGAUGGAAAUGGAGUUUGUAUGUGGCAUGUUAGGUUAUGUGGAGUUCCUAUGGCGAGAUUGGCUUGCAGACAUACUAGAUUGGCAGAGUAAAAGUGGGUGUUUUAGUUCCACCAAACCUCAUGUUGCCAUUGGCCGUAAAUUGCUGCGAGAAGAAAAAUUACCAGAUGGCUGCCUUCAGCACCUAACCACUGUGGCAGUCUCAGCUUUAGCAGUUCACUUGCACUACCUUUUGUAUCCAGGGAUUAAGAGCAGAGGUGCCAGCAACCUGAAGCAUGUGUCUCCUCCUUCUGCUAUGUUGGAGCCUCCACAUGAAUCCAUCCCAAUGCAUAUUGCUGGAAGCUUCAUGCUCAACCAGCCCCUUUACAGGGAGGAGGUCCAAGAUGGACUCAGCAGAGUGGCUGAAGAGGAGAAAUCUCUAGAGGAUAAAGCAGACAUUGUCAUGAAGCACUUGGAGGAGAAGAGAAACAGCACCAAGCCUCAUCGUGUAAGAGACUUUAUGUCCCCACUUUCACACUAUGACAGCACCUCUAAGAGUAACAGUGGCCCUGUACCACUGCCAGAACACCCUCUCCACCAGCCCCAGUACUUGGCUUCAACACACACUUCCGGGACCACAGUAGAGACCUCUAUGGCAGCUUUCUACUUUGUGAUAGCCAGCAUAGUGCUUGUUAUGCUGGUGAUGGUGAGGUAUGUUCACAGUGGGAGAAGGACUCAUACUAUUUUCAGGACCAGGUUCCGUUUUUGAGAAGCUGGAAUUAUCAAAAUUAUUUUCUUUUAAGUUUUAUUUUUUAUUUAUCAAGAAAUUUCCUUGAAUAUUAUUUUUUUUUAUAUAUAUCUAUAUUUUUGUCUGUUGAGAAGUUAUAAGUGUAGACUGCUUGUUACAUGUGUUGUCAAUGAGAUGCUGUAAGGAAACUAGAUUCUAUUGGUGUACAUGAAAUAUAUAUUGCCAGUUAUAAUGUAAAACAUGCACAGAACAAGAGCAGUGUUUAGUGACUUGUAUAUAUUCACAUAAUAAACAAACUGUAUAAAAAUGUAUAAAUACAUCUAUAAGAAAUGUUGUUGAAGUAGUGCUUCAUUGAUUUUUGAAACAUUUUCUGAAACUUAACACUGUCAGUUCUGCCAGUGGAUUUUCACUUGAAACUGAAUCUCAUAUGUGACAUAUUCUUACCAGUUCUUGUAGACAGAGAUAAAUACUCCAUAAAACCAAGUGUCAAAUCACUGAAUAACUGUUAUUAGAAAGUUUUAAGAAAUAUUCAGAGUUUUUAACAUAGCAAAUUAAUGAAUGCUGUCAGUUACCCAAUAUUACAGUUUUCAGUAUGUUUUUUUUUUGGGGGGUGCUAACUUUUGCUUUUGCUCUGUAGAUAAUAACCAUGCUGUUAGUAGCUUCAGGACCUAAUUAUAUUACUUUAAAGAAGUAGUCCCAAUUUAUAGGCUGGAAUUGUUUGUUGUGAUAACAGAAUAGCACUUGUCCAUCUCUUCAGGACUGUAAUAUAUUGUGAGAGGGAAUGUUUUGAUACAGUGCAAUUAGGGAGAUUAUCAAUACACCUUUUAUUAUUUAUUGAGGUGAGGCUUCACCCCCAAGCGUAACAGUGAAGCCUGAUUGGUUAAACAAGAAACAAUAUAUCUGCAUGGACUAAUAAAGACAUUUUUAGCAAUUAUGAAGUGUAAAGUGAUGGUUGGUAUUAGCAUGUCUGAAAAAAAAAAUCCCAGUUUUCACUUUUGUGCUUAGAAAGUCAUGCCAUCCAGAGAAAUACCAUCUCACCAGCAUCAUACAUGUCAUAUCUCUUAACUUAAUGCGAUCACUGUAUAGCAUAUAUAUCAAGAGUAUAUUUAUCAUGCAUAUAUGGCUGGGUACUUUUGUGGAAAUUUAGCUGAAAAAUAGUACUAAGACCUCAGUACUUCACACAUAACUGUAUCAAAGAAGAUGCAUAUAUAGCAUGAAAACAUAUUCUCUGUAUCCCAUAUGUGGCACAUCCCAUCAUUUUUACCCACAGUCCCAGGGGUUAGGCCUUUGAGUGCUUUAGCUGGGAGCAAAGGGAAUAGGCUAAAAGUAAAAUUGUAAUGAAUUUGAUUUAUGAUUUAGGGGUUGUGAUACAAAAUCAUUGUUAAGGUAUUUCAUAUAAAGAAAAAAUAGAAAAUAACCACCUAUUACUUCACCUCUCAGUAACAUGUAAUUUAGCUCUCACUGUUUUACAGUAUUGUUUCAUUAUUUUCUUUAAAAUACUCAUGAAAUGCAGAGUUUUAUACAACAGUUCCCAAACACAAGGGUGACCAUAAAUGUGUAGGCAAUCAGCAUGCUUAUUUACCAUUAAUUGAUACACAAAUAAAAUCAAGAUUUGUUUGAUACAGACAUAUAUGAUAACAUGAGGCAUUAGUGCUGUUUUUUUGCCUAAAUUCCUGCAAAAGCAUCCUGGUGUCAAGUAUACAUGGUAGAAGGACUAUAAACUAUGAUUGGUCUGAGAUAAUGAUGGCAUGAUAUACAUGCCAUCCAGACUCAUUAAAAUAAGUCAGACACUAGCUUGGGAUUAGGCCUCUUUGCCUCAGUAAGUAAUACUGAGUAUUGUGUAACCCAAUGUGAUCAUGUUACCAUACUACUGUGUUCAUAUGGGAUAACUACAAUGUCCUUGUUCAUCUCUGCCUCCUGGUCAGUCACAUAUGACCGUCCACUCUUGUGUGCCUCUUCCACACCCCAGCCAUGAUUAUAUUAUUUCCAUUUUUUAUGUAAGCAUCAUUUGUGGUCAUUUGCAUGUUUUCACAAUCUAGAUAUUCACGUGAGUAAUGGCAAUGAUAUAAUUUACCUUUUGUGUUAAGGCAGUGUUAGAAGGGGAAGAAAAUAUGGGAUAAGGUGGUUAAUAAGUAUUGAUGCUAAAUAAGUAAUAGAACAGAUCUGGUAAAAGUUUGAUUACCUGUAGCUGAUAUGAUAAAGGUCAUGUAACUCUUUUUUUUUAUUUUUUUUUAUCAUAUUUGCCUGAAGUAUUUGAGAAAUAGUUACAAUGAAAUGGCAACUCAUUGCAAAUACCAUUUAAAGGAUAUAACUAACCCAGUACCUGUGCAGUUUUUUUCAUCUUAGUCUCCCAUGCACUAUUAGUUGGGGUCAAGAAACAAAAUCUAGAUAAAAGGGCAGCAGUUUUCCUACGAUUACUACAUGUUUUUCACUGCUGCUUAAGGUUAAGGAUUUACAGGGGCUUUUUCCCUGUAACAUGUUCAAGAAAAGCUUUUCCAUCAUAUACUGUAUGUUGCAAGUACAUGCCCUUUAUCAUAUGAUGUAUGUUAGUUUUUGGGUUAAUAUUCACCCUAAAUAUUGAAAAGGGUUAGAUUCAACUGACAGUUAUUGAAUUUUGUAGGAAUUUGCAAAGAAAAUGUUAAUUUUGAAACUUUUGCAACAAAGUUUACUUUUUACUACAAAAACCUGAAGUAAAAUGCUUUGUUUGAUUAGUCUAUUUCUCACACAAAUAAUGAUAAUGUAAAAAAAAAAAAUAUCCACUUGAACUUUCUUUAUUAGCAACAAGUAACACUGUGUGUUUAAUUGCAUUUACUAAGUACUUGAAAGUGAAAGGCAUGCGUGAGGGAUUGGAAAAUAAUAGAGAUUGCAAUUUCAUUCAAAAACAGUCACAGUAAAUAUCUUGGGGAAGACAGGUUUAUCAUCCUUAUUCCAAGCUUUUGAAAAAUGUUCUGAUGAAAUGCAGUAACUUGUAUUUUGCAGUGAAUGUGAUUUUGAUUUGAAAAAUUGUGAAAUCUCAACAAUGAUGUAUUGCUUACAUUGUCUCAAAAACAAAGUUAGUGGGCCAUUUUAAAACCUAUUUAAUUAUUUAUAUUGUGCAUCCUGUGCCUGUCUCAUUUUGCGUAUAUUAGAAAACAGUGAUAUGAUGGGAAGAAGUCAAUAAAAUAACUAAAAACAUUGUUCAUGUAGAAGCCAUACAUGUCAAAUAUUAUGUUGAACUUGCAAGUAAUGGCAUAUUUCUUGAGCCUGGAUUUUUUUUCUUCUUCUUCUUUUUCUACGUUAUUGUCAUAGGCCUAUCAGUGUUUGGUUUAGAUUUAUGAUACCUGAUAUCCCUAACCUUGCAUGGAUCCUGGGAAAUAUGAUGGAAGAAACAUCUGGUUAAAUAUUUGGUCAAAAAUAUCCUUUUGUCUGAAGGUUAUUUUUGGCACAUUUUGUUUAUCAGAAGGUGAAAUUAGACUAAAUCAAAGAUUUUUUAAAACAUUUUUGAGUAGAAAAUCUUUGCUAUUUUGAAGUAUAUUUUUGUAUAGUUCUUUGGUUAUAUGUUUAGAACCAGAUUUUAUGUUUUUUAAAAAAAGUAUGAUAAUAUAUAUAAUACUUUCAGUAAGAAUGAUUAAUAUAUUUGUAUGUGCCAAAUGGUCAGAUUAUGAGUGUGUGUGUAUAUGUAUGUAUGUAUGUGGGUAUGUUUUCCUGCACAUGCAUGUAUGUUUCUGUGUGUUUGUGUGCAUACAUUUAUGUAUGUAUAGUGACAUAAGCAUUUGCAUGUGAACAUUUAGGUUAUGCUCUGAGAUGAACAGCUAGCCUUUUCAUGCUUUUCAUAUGAAAAUUUAUUUUUCAGUUUAUUUUUCUUUUAUUUUCCCAUCCUUGUUCCUUCAUCCAUGUAAUGCAAACCACCUUUUCUGUUAUUUCAAGAGGAUCUGAUCUGGUUGUGGGAAAAUAGUGAUAAAUCUGUGAUAAGAAAGUCAAAAAAGUAGACAAGGAUAACAAAAAUUUUAUGUUGACCUGAAUUUGUUAAUUUAGUCUAUGCACAACUUAAAAUAUGAUUUGCUCCUCUGGCUAGGGCUGCUUACAUUGUUAUCUGCUUUUUUCUCUUAUUUUUUCUGUGGUGAUAAGCUUAGUUCCUAUUAUUUGAAGCACAUGUACAAUAGAAAGAGUCUACGAUAUGCACAAGUAGUUAAGAUGACUUUCUCUCAGCAAAUAUUUGUAUUGAAUAAAUGUAAUAUAGUUUUUAAAGUUAUAUUCAUAUAUAGGAUUUGAUGAGAUGUGGUCUUUCAUAAAGAUUUUUUUUUUUUUUUUUUUUUUUUUUUUUCCCUGUAUUAUAUCUGCACUUUUUUCAGUAAAUUAUUUACUCAUAUUUUCCCCCCUUAUGUCAGAUAUUAGAUUAUGAAAUAGUGUUUUCCAAGACCACAUAUGUAAACAUGGUAUUGCUAUUAAUUUAUUCAAAAGAAACAUAUCUCGUGAUGUUCUCGUGAAAAGAAUGGUAAAGUCUGGAGUGAGAGGUUUUCAUUGAUGCUAUAGAAGUUGCUUUGAAAUAGACUGAAAAGGGAAAACCAGUUUCCUUUUGUCUUUUGUCUGUGAAAGGUGAAUUCAAGGAAUUUCCUUUUUAAUGGGAUAUGAAAUUCUUGCUAAGCCUUAUGAUGUAGUUAAGCUGAACUUUUGAAUAGUGUGUCCAUUUAUAUCAUGUGUAAUGUAUUUAUUUUCCUUUUAAAGUUAUUUGAUAGAAUAUAUAGAUUGUAAAUGUCACUGAAAUGUGUCAUUGCAAGGUAGUCAGUACAACUAAGAUAUUAUUCAGAAUAUUAUUGUUGAUGAUAAUGAAACUAACAUCGAUCAUAUGAAUGAACAUAAUACUAAUAAAAUUGUGUUGCUGACAACGGGUUCAAGGUCACCAUAGGUUUUGAAGAUCAAUUUUUGUUGUAUCAGUAAUUGCAUGUCUGUGCUCUUUCGUUUCAUAUUAACAGUGAAUAAAUAGUUCUCCUCUUUGA